UUUCUUUAGCUCUCACGUUCUAUUAAUAGCCUUCCUUUUAUUUCUCAUUGCGCGCAGUACGUUUUAUUAAGAGUACUCUGCUUCAAUCAUUAGGCAGCAGUACUGUUGCAGCAGCAAAUUUCUAAGUUUUGUGGAAGUGCUUUUUGAUCUGAACCACAACAACGACGAUGAAUCCUGGUUAUGGAGCAUUAGCGUUUGUAUUUCUCACACUUUCAUGUCUGGUUUGUGGCAAUAACACCGCUGAUAUGAUGAUCAGCGGGAAGAGAUGGGCGGUUCUAGUCGCCGGUUCACGUGGUUAUGAAAAUUACAGACAUCAGGCCGAUGUAUGCCAUGCAUACCAGGUACUGAAGAAAGGAGGGUUAAGCGAUGAAAAUAUCGUGGUUUUCAUGUACGACGACAUUGCAUUCCACUCGAACAACCCGAGGCCUGGUGUCAUCAUCAACAAACCAAAUGGCGAUGACGUUUAUGAAGGAGUCCCCAAGGAUUAUACAGGACUUGAUGCUAAUGCGCAUAACUUUUAUGCUGUAAUUCUUGGAAACAAAAGUGCUGUUUCUGGAGGUAGUGGUAAGGUUGUGGAUAGCGAACCAAAUGACACUAUUUUCAUAUAUUUUAGCGACCAUGGCAGUCCUGGGGUACUCGGGAUGCCUACUGGAAGUAAUGUUUAUGCCAAAGAUCUUAUCGAUGUUUUGAAGAAGAAGCAUGCUGCAAAAACAUACAAAAGCUUGGUAUUUUACCUCGAAGCUUGUGAGUCCGGGAGUAUUUUCGAGGGCCUUCUUCCAAAAGAUAUAAACAUAUAUGCAACUACAGCAGCAAAUGCAGUCGAAAAUAGCUGGGGAACAUAUUGUCCUGGUGAACAUCCUAGUCCUCCUCGAGAAUAUGACACCUGUUUGGGAGACUUGUAUAGCAUUUCUUGGAUGGAGGAUUGUGACAAACAUGAUUUGCGCAAGGAAACUUUGGGUCAGCAAUAUCAAGUGGUUCGGAGGAGAACAGCAUCAGAAAAUGUAGGAUAUAGUUCUCAUGUAAUGCAAUAUGGAAGUGCAGGACUUAGUAAUGAUCCCCUCUUCUCAUACAUUGGUACAAAUCCUGCAAACGAUAACUAUACUUUUGCUGAAUAUGCCUCUUCACCACCAACUUUGCGGGUUGUUAGCCAACGUGAUGCAGAUCUUCUUCAUUUCUGGUACAGGUACCAUAAAGCACCCGCGGGCUCUCAUCAGAAGCUUGAAGCUCAAAAGCUACUGUUUGAUGAAAUUACCCACAGAAAACAUGUGGACUACACUAUAAAUCAAAUUGGGAAGCUUUUGUUUUCAGAUGGUAAUAGCUCAAUGGUGUUGGAAUCUGUUCGGCCAAUUGGGCAACCUCUUGUGGAUGACUGGGAUUGUUUGAAGAUGAUUGUAAGAACCUAUGAGAAAUAUUGCGGAUCAUUAUCAAAUUAUGGGAAGAAAUACACGCGAGUUUUUGCCAACAUGUGCAAUUUUGGGGUUACCUUGGAGCAAGUACUUUUGGCAUCGAUUCAAACUUGUUCUGUGCCACCCCCUGCUUAGAGUUUCUUUCAGAUCAUAAGAAAUGGAUGAGCCAUCUAUGCAUGAACUUAACUUGCAAUGCAUAUCCCUUAAUAUUAAAUAAGUUAAUGGAAUGGAUGCA